AUGGGAGGAAGUAAGAUCCAGACUAAAGUCCUUGAGAAGAGCAGAAAGGUUGAGGAGGAAGCGUCCUUGUUAGAAGAGAAGAAGGGUGGGACAUUGUCUGUCGAGAAAGAAGACCCCGAGGCUCACCUGAGGGAAACUUACUCUGACCCGGAAAGAAGUAAGCCACUGAGCUCUCCCGGAUAUGUACCCAGGCCGCCUGAGCCUUCAAUCCCCAUGGACAUAUCCCAACCAAAGUGGAGUGAGCUGUCUGCAGCAGUACGCAGAGCAAGAGCAGCAGCAGCUCCUGGACCGAAUGGAGUUCCUUAUAGAGUUUACAAAAUGUGCCCAAAGACUCUGUACCUUCUAUGGAAGCUCAUGAGGGUGGCAUGGAGAAAGCAGUGUAUUCCAGUCUCAUGGAGAAGAGCAGGGGAAGUAAAGGGGAUGAUCAACAACUAUUUUGCGGACUUCAAACUCAGCAUCAGCACAAGAAACUUCACAACCGAAUGGCAGAGACUGGAAAAGGGAAUAGCGAUGGGCUGCUCAAUAUCCCCCCUGCUAUUCACCAUGGGGUUUGAGAUCCUGUUGAUUGGAGCCAAGCAAGUGGUGGGGGGUGUGAGAGCACCAUCAGGAGAGAAGAUGCCACCAUUGCGAGCAUUCAUGGACGAUGUUACGAGCAUCCUCCGAACAGCACCAUGUACCAACCGGGUUUUACUCAGACUGGAAGAGCUCACAGCAUGGGCAGGCAUGCAGUUCAAGCCAUCCAAAUCAAGAAGCCUAUCCCUCAGGAAGGGAAAGCUCAGCGGUAGGACCUUCUCCGUCAAUGGCCAACACAUUCCUACCAUCCAAGAAGAGUCAGUCAAAAGUCUGGGUCGCCUGUACACAAGUAAUCUGAAUGACAAAGGAAGGGGGCAGGAAGUAUUAGAGCAAGCCUGCAAUGGUCUCCAACAGAUAGACAAGAGUGAGCUCCCAGGCAGACUGAAAAUGUGGUGUGUUCAAUUUAUGCUGUUUCCAAGGCUCAAGUGGCCACUCAAGAUGUACAACAUUUCUGUGUCAACAGUUGACCAGAUCGACAGAAAGGCCAACGCCUACUUCCGACGGUGGUUAGGUGUGCCGAGAUGUCUCUCAUCUGUCGCUCUGUAUGGCAAGAACAAGCUCAACCUUCCUUUCUCGUCAAUUGCAGAAGACUUCAAGUUAGAAAAGGUCCGACUGGUGUUGGAAUUGGAGGGCUCUCAGGACCCUUCAGUGAGAGCAGCAAACCAAGGCCUUAGCACUGGAAAGAAAUGGAGUGCAAGUACCUCCAUUAGUCAAGCCAUCAGUAGACAACAACACAAAGACCUGGUGGGAUCAGUCCAAGUGGGGCGAGCAGGUUUUGGCUGGGGCAAGAGAGACCAAAGGAAAGUAGGAUUGCACUAUCUCGGGAAGUAA